CGCCGCGUGGCCGCCCUCCCCACGCAAUUCUACCAGAUAAACACGCUCCACCCUACAUAUUCUCCGCCACCCCCUCUCCACCCUUCACCUAACCAAUAACCCCACCAUGGCUUCCUCCGACCUCACACACCGCUCCAUCCAACCACAAACCCCCACCCCCACCACCACCAACGACGACGACAUGAACCACCACCAACGCAAAAAACCCAAGAACAGCGCCGCCGCCGCCCGCGGGCUAAAGUCGCUGAGCGUGGCCGUGUCCCUGCCCCUCGCCCUCACCUUCCUCGACAUCUUCCUCUUCGGCUCCUCCGCCCGCUACCGCACCCUCCACAAGCCAUUCUACGUCCCCCCUCUCUGGGCCCUCCACCUCGCGUGCCUCACCACCGCCUUCCUCUCCGGCCUCUCCGCCUGGCUCGUCUGGGCCGAGGGCGGCUUCCACCGCCAGCCCGCUGCGCUGGGGUUGUACCUCGUGCAGCUGGCGCUGAGCCUCGUGUGGUACCCCGUUGUGUUCGGGGCUGGUGCCAUCCGCCUCGGCCUGGUGCUCUGUGCUGCCCUGUUCGGGGCGCUGGUGGGCUGCGCAAGGGCGUUCCGGAAAAUGAAUCCCAUUGCUGGGGAUUUGGUGAAGCCGUGCUUGGCGUCAGCGCUGCUGCUCGCAGUCGCCAAUGUUAGGCUUGUGUACCAAUGAUCGAUCACGAUUUUGAUGUUGUACCUCUGUUUUUAUACUUGUGUUUCAUGAAGGAAAGAUAUGGCUUUAUUGACUUAUCCACACUGUGAAAAUAUAAUGUUCGCUACUUUUUUA